AUGCAGCAUUGCAAGUUUCUAAUAUGUCUCACCUCGUUGGUGACCAACUACAGCCUCGUCAUUGACUUUGUGGCAUAUCGGAGCACUGUGAAACCCUUGGAUAGCAUAAUAAUCUUCAAAACGAAUAAAUUCGCUAGCGACGGCGUCAUACAAGAGCUGCAUCAGCGUUUACAUCUACCGCAGGUUAUUGUGAAAAAUGUGGCAACACCAAAUGUACAAGAGAUCAUGAAUAAGAAAAGCAUCGCUUUGAUCUUCAUGGAAAAGCUCGAUAAAUCGCGGACAUGGUCAUUAGUCGCAGAAAGUUUACAUCGUCAUUACUUCAUACCGAUGGUUUUUCUUAGUCAAACGGUACCACGGCUGGAUGUGCAGUUAAGAUUCUUCCACCAUUUUAGACAAUUAAAUAUGCUCAAUACGAUUGUAAUGUUUCCUGUGAAUAACACAAUGGCGGUACGCACGACUAUAGCUUACCCUAAAAUGCAGAUAAUCGCUGUGGAUCCGAGAAACUUCAGCGGUUUUGCUUGGCAAAAAGAAAGGAAUGUCUACGGUUAUAAGUUUCAUUUGAGUUAUUUCAACGAUCCACCGAUACUUUACAAACAAGUGACGAACAAUCGCACUGAAUUGCGUGGUCUUAUUAGGCAUGUGCUAGACCUCUUCAUGAAACGUGUUAAUGGCACGUACACAACUUUGGAUUAUCCAAUGAGUAAGUCGGCAGAAGAUAACCUUGAUUUCACAGCUAAUCUAGUCUUACGCACCGAUCUAAUCAAUCCUGCUAUGGAACCCAGUUACCCGAUAUUACAACCAAAGGCUUGCGUAAUGGUACCCAUCGAGUCUAGCAUACCGUUGAGUUGGUAUAUAUUGUAUCCUUUCGAUAUUCUCACCUGGCAACUGCUUGCUUAUCAUAUGCUUAUAAUCCUUAUAUUACUCAUCGCCAUUCAAUGCAUAUAUAAUCGUAAUCGCGAUCUUAUGCUACAUAUAUUAUUUGUUUUGAAAUUGUUUCUUGCACAUCCCGUGUCUCUGCCCGGUAUUAGAGGUGUCACAAGAGGUGUAUUUCUAAUUUAUUUCGGUGGUCUUUUCCUAGUAAUCGUGAACGUUUAUGAAGGUAGUUUGACCUCGCUGUUUAGCGCGCGCGUUCGCAUGCCAGCCGUUCGCACGCCUGAGGAUCUGCUUAAAACCGAUUUAAUGAUAGCUGUAACGGAAAUCGAAAGACAACUUUAUUUCGUAGCCAAAUUGUUACCGGAAUCACUCAUGUCGCGUGUAUUUAAUAUUGGAAAGGGCACCUCAGCAAUUGAGAAUAUGAAUGGAAAUAUCUCCUUUGCCUACGUAAUAACUAGCGACAAGUGGUUGUGGUAUGAAAAGCGACAAAAGCAUUUACAACUCCCUGUGUUUCGUAUAACCUCUGGAAAUUUGUGUACGCCCAACAUACCACAAUAUUUUGCGUUGAAAAAACAUUUGCCUUUCAAGAGGAUGUUACAAAUGGUCAUGAUGGAAUUGCAAGAAUCCGGUUUGGUCAAUUAUUGGUUGGCGAAUGUUAAACCUGCAGCCAAAUUUCAACUAAGCGACGAGACUGUUAUGACUCAGCUGCCUUUGAGUUUGGCACAUUUUACAUUGGGAUUCUAUAUAUUGUUUGUGGGUUGGCUUCUAGCAGUGGUUGCUUUUGUGGGCGAGUAUAUCAUUUGGAGACGGCAGGAGAUCUACGGUUCGAGAAUCAUUUUGCGGUUGAGAAAAGCCUGGAGGCGUAAGCAACGAGAUUUGAUGACACGAACGAAACGGAUGAUGGAAAGAAUGGAAAUAUAA